CUUGGCGUUGGUGAAUUUAAUCCAAGCUACGCCUUGGAAUGAACGACGACCGCAAAGAAGCCGAGGAUUUGGCGGAUGUCAGCUACGAAGUCCCCAUUGAUUCGGGAGAAGUCGUGGAUCGGGCACGGAUUCUACCUUCGCACGAGACGUACGGUUCUACGGAUAACCGCUCGACGCGGCAACGCAAAUGGAUCGACGACGGUGUGAAUCAGAAAUCUGCCAGUACCGGAAAACUGCGAUACCCGAGCAGUCUUGAUUUUGAGAGAGUCAUCAAUGAUUAUUCCAUUCAAGCGACCAAGGAUCGAGUGCUCGUGCAAGAAUUAGAAGCUGAUAGGAAUCCACCAGAUCCAUCGGAGACUGAUCGACACGCGCUUCUGCACGCACCCGAUGGACUCUUGACCUACAAUUCGUUUGAAGAACCCAGUCGAGACGAUUCGUUCCGUCCGCCACUACCCCCUCCGCCUCCACCUCCUCCCCCUAUGGCGUACUUGAAACGGAGACCCAAAAAGUCACCACUGGGGUACACUGGACGGACUGCUACACGAUGGCUACUGACCAAUGCCACUGGGCUCAUGACGGGGUUAAUAUCCAUCAUGAUUGUUAGUGCAACGGAUUUCAUUCAGACGUGGCGAUCACAUACUAUAGACUACUUAUGGAAGAACGACAAGAACCAUCACCGAUUAACGACUGUGUUUAUUCUUUACGCGUCCGUCAAUCUCUCUCUUGCUCUGGCGUCAUCGGCUCUUUGUCUAUUCUUGGCUCCAGAAGCUGCCGGAUCAGGUAUCCCCGAAAUCAAAGCUUAUUUGAAUGGGGUGCGAGUCAAACGCUUCACUUCCGUGCAACUCUUCUUUGUCAAAAUUGUUGCCACGAUUCUUUCGGUAUCGUCGGGUCUCGCGAUUGGACCAGAAGGACCUCUGGUACACAUCGGUGCUAUUCUAGGCGCGAGUUGUACCAAGCUUUCUAGUCUCAUGCUCAGGGUCCUUCCCAAAUCUUGGUCAACUCAUUUGUGGUCGUUCGUCACAAUGGAUCUUUCUCACUUUUCAACGGACGGAGAACGUCGUGAUCUCGUUAGUAUCGGAGCGGCUGCUGGCUUUGCAGCUGCCUUUGGUGCACCCAUCGGAGGUCUACUCUUCACCGUCGAAGAGGCUUCAACAUAUUUUGAUCAAAGCAUGUUCCUGAAGACUCUCUCGGCGACGGCGCUAGCGACAUUCUGCUUGGCUGUACAUCAUGGUGAUUUGAGCCAUUACAGUAUCAUUUCUCUGGGUGAUUUCGAAUCAUCCGACUCCAAUAUUUUCGUGAAUCGAGUCGAGCAAGUGCCACUCUAUUUUAUUGUCGCUAUCGCUGGGGGGAUCCUGGGAGGACUUUUUUGUCGAUUCUGGGAGUUUCUGCAGCGAUCUCGACAGCGUCUCAAGCAACGUCGCUGGUCGUACGAACUGCUUGAAGUAGCCUUUGUUAGCUUGCUUACGUCGUCGGUGACAUACUUUGCACCCUUCAUGAGCUUCGCUUGCCGGGCGGUAGCUCCCACCGACGACAUCGUUUCCGAAAAGAGCCUUUUCGACCCUUGGAUGUCGCACGCGCAUCAGUUCGACUGCCCCACAGGGUCAGUGAAUGAGCUCGGAACGAUCUUUUUCGGCUCACGCGACGACGCUAUCGGCACAAUCUUAAGUGACCCUUCGCAAUUUGACCCGAGGACAUUAUGGACGGUUGGCAUACUAUUCUUUCCUCUUAUGAUACUGACCCUUGGUGUGAACAUUCCAUCCGGAAUAUUUAUGCCAACGGUACUGAUUGGCUGCUCACUCGGUGGCGCAGCCGGUCUCGCCUUUCAAAACUGGAUCAGCGAGGAUCUGUCGCCAUCCACGUUCGCCUUGCUAGGUGCUGCUGCUCUCUUGGCUGGUAUUCAACGAUCUACCGUCAGUCUUUGUGUGAUUCUCGUUGAAGGCACGGGACAAACCAAAGUGUUGAUUCCCGUUAUCAUUACGGUUGUGGUCGCGCGCUACGUAGGAAAUUUGGUCAGCAAGCAUGGCUUGUACGAAACUGCCAUUGAAAUCAACCAGUAUCCAUUUCUCGAUCACGAGCCCAAGAAGCGCUACGAUAUAUUCCAGGUUGGAGAAAUAAUGAGCACACCGGCAGUGACAUUGGGCCCGCGGGAACGGGCGCACACCCUUGUCAAGCUUUUGCGUGACUCUGGGCAUCACGGCUUUCCUGUGACAGAAAAAGACACGGGAAAAUUUCUCGGGCUUGUACGACGGGACCAAAUUGUUGCUUUACUGGAAUGUGGGAUCUUUGAAGACGAGCAUGAAUGGGAUGAUGAUUCAUCUACUGGAACCAGUUCCAUGCCGGGGACGCCUUCUACUGAAUGGACGCCAAAGCCAGGAAUCGGAAAGUCAUCGCUGAUGCAUUUGGCUUUCCAUAUUCCAGAUGACCGCUACGACUACUUGACGGAUAAUCAGGGUGCAAUCGAAGCAGUAGAAAAUAUUAACAAAAUGAUGGUUGAAGACGAGUUCGACGCAAACGCUUGGCUUGUAUCAAUUCGACGGAGUCGAGAACACUUGGCCGGUCUGGAAAAUAACGAAGAGGAUUCGGCUUGCCCUCACAUUGUGGUUGGAGACGAUACACUACCACCAAUUUCACAGAACCGCCGAUACAUUCCUAAAGGCACACUCGGGAGCACCCGAGCAGCUGUUUCCCAGGGCCGCUUUGCUACGGUGACUACCAAUUCGAAAGGCGAUGUCUACGUUCAAUGGCUGAAUCCAAGCUGCAAGCGCAAAUGGGUCCAUGUUGCCGCCGUCAUGAAUCGUGGCACGUACUGUGUGACAGAGACGACUCCUUUGAGCAACGCCCAUUUUCUCUUCACCUCUCUUGGAUUGCGCCAUCUAGUGGUGCUUGGCGGCAAAAGAGGAGGCACGGUUGUUGGUGUUGUCACACGCAUCAAUCUUCUCAAAGAUUUUAUUCAGGAGCGCACAGGAUGUAAGUUUUAUUGAGGGGCGUCACCUUAUUUAUAGCAUCAAUUUAGACUCUCUAUGACAUACC